AUGGCCAACGAGCAAAUCUCUCUGCCAUACUUGGCAGGACUCCUUCUUUUGUCGGGGUUGAUCAUCCGCUACCUAUUCUUCUCGCGAAGUCAAGCGUCUCGGUCGUCCAGAUCUCCCGAAGACGUGCGACGCUCACGGGAGGCAGCCGUGGAGCGAAUCCAACAAAUGUUCCCUCAGACGGACCGACGGACCCUCUUGUGGGAUCUCCAACGCAACGGGGGGAGCAUCCAGAACACGACGGAGCGCAUUCUCGCCGGCCGCUUGGAAACGCCCCCCAUUACUUUCCAGCCGCCUCCUCCGCCCGGCCAGUCUGCAUCCCUUGGAGCGAGCGCAGUCUCUGCCACCAGCAGAGCGGCCGAUAAGCCGUCGCAGCCGGACUUGAUCACGCGAUAUAACCUGACGAGCAAGCUUGACGAUGGGGGCCAAGAAGAAUCUGCCGGGGCAAAGGGCUGGAGCUCCAGCCGGGAGGAGAGGCAAUCCGCGCUGCAGAAGCGGCGGGACGACAUGAUUCUGGCGGCGAGGAGAAAGAUGGAGGCCAAGAUUGCAGCCGAGAAGGCGAUGCGAGAGGAGUGA